CGAAUCCAAGAAACCUUUUUAUGUUCCGCAGCCUCGUCCGCAUGGUGGAUCAGGAGGUUGUGAGAAAGAAGCUGGUAGAUACGCUCAAGCCAGCUCUUCUGGAGGUCAAUGACGUCAGGUUGGAUCACAUCACCUGCACAAAGGGAACACAGACGAGCACAAGGUGGAUGAGGUGUGUUGUCAGCGGUGGCUGUGGAGCAAGCUACGAUGCGUUGAUAGUCUCGGACGCCUGUACGCCUCACUCACAUGACACAUGCGGGGAGGGUCUGUGGAUCUGAGCAGUUGAUCUCUUGUGUGUGGUCUGUGCAGUUGAGGGCAAGCGGCUGCUCGACAGACAGAGGUUAUUUGAGAACACACAAAAUGUGGGUCAUGGGUCGUGUCGAAUCUUCUCGUUCCACAAUGCUGCAGAUUGGUCAACGAUGCGCUCAAAGAGGAGCUCAAGGACAUUCACGCCUUCACCAUGAAGUGCGUCACGCCGGCAGAAUGGGAGAAGCGGAAGCCUAGCUGAAUGAAUCAUGGCUCUGUCAUUUUGCAAGGGCUGCGGGCACGAUUUUGUUGCCGAGAUGUGCAGUGUUCUAGACAAUGUAUGUGUAGCGGUGAUCGAUAGGCAGUAAGUACCAAUCGACUGACUCUCGCAUGAUCUCGUGCAUCUUGAAGUUCCUGUCUGU